AUGGACACGUCCUUGCAAAAACAUCCUUUCCAGCUUGCCCUGCAGGACAUGUCGCGGACAUUGCUGGCAGUAAGGGCUGGGGACUGGAUAGUUAUACUGGUGUUGCUCUGGGCGUUCUGCUUUCGUCUUGGAGACGGGAAGCUCUGGGGCCGGCCAGAUCCGAAUCAGUACAAAUGGUAUGAAGCGCCUCAGAAAACGGGCGACUUGAAAGUCAAGCCAAAGCAGACCAGAAAUAUCGGCGAGAGAUUGCAGCAGGUCGGGUAUGACAUUGCGAUACUCUGGGGGUCUCAAUCUGGCGUCUCUGAAGCCUUUGCGGAACGACUGGCACGACAAUGGCAGUCACGAUUUGCGCUCAAGACUCUGGUGGCUGAUCUCGAUGACUACGACGCUUCUUCUUUGUCAAAGUUCCCGGCUGGCAAGCUGUGUGUCUUCCUGUGUUCGACAUAUGGAGAGGGAGAUCCUCCGGACAAUGCUGUGAGUUUCUGCGCAGCACUCGAGAAAAUGAGGAAGAGCGGAACUCGCGUCGACGGCUUGCGUUACCUGGCGCUCGGUAUGGGCAAUAAGAACUACAAGUACUAUAACCAGGUUAUUGUGGACCUUGACCGCACGCUUACUGAACUUGGAGGUCUUCGUAUCGGUCCUCUGGGACGAGCGGACGAAAGCCAGGGCAUGACCGAAGAAGAUUUCAUCGAAUGGCAAGAGAAUUUACUUCAGGAUCUCGGCCAGAGCAUUCAACUGAACGAGCGACCAAUCACCUACGAGCCGACUUUGAAUGUGCUCGAUGUCUGCGUUGACGAAGAGAGCCUCUGGAUGGGCGAACCAAGCGAGGCUGCGCUGCUGAACAUGACAAAAAAGGUGGCCUACAACUCUAAGAAUCCCUACCCAGCACCCAUCGCGGCUUCUAGAACGCUAUCUCCACAUCCAGAUCGAGUCUGUGUGCACAUGGAGGUCAGCAUCGCUGACGCGCCCGCGCUUCGAUACCAGACAGGCGAUCAUUUGGCCGUCUGGCCGAUUAAUCCUGAAUAUGAGGUCGACCGGCUGCUUCGUGUCUUGGGCCUGGACGCUCCGAACAAACGGAGGCAGCCGAUCAUGAUCGACCACUCCAAGGACGUAACUUCGAGGCCAAAUCUGCCUUCCCCGACCACGAGAGAGGCCCUUCUCAAGUACUACCUGGAGAUUUGCGCACUCGCAUCACGAGACUUGCUCGUUCUGAUGUCCCUGUAUGCACCAACAGAGGCUGCGAAAGCAAAGCUUCUGAGGCUGGGCACUGACAAGACUGCAUUCCGGACUGAGGUGGCCUGGAGAUACGCCUCAAUCGGUCGCGUCAUGGAAAUGGUCGCGCCUGAUCAGGUUUGGUCUCAGGUGCCAUUCUCCCUCCUGAUCGAGUCCUUCAACCGCAUCCAGCCACGAUAUUACUCCAUCUCGAGCUCGCCGCUCGUUCAACCAAGACAGCCUACAAUCACCAUGGCGGUGAACAACCGACCGAUCUUGUCACAGGACCAUACGAAAAAUGAGGAGGAUGGGUUUCUGGGCCUGGCAACCAACUUUCUCUUGGCCCAUGACCGAAAGAUGGCGGUCAAGGAGACGACGCAAGAAGACCAGAAUGUUGUCCCAUGGUCGCAGUCGCAGUCAUACGGCUCCGUACCCAGCUACGAUCUAGAUGGUCCCAGAAACAAGCUCAGCGGCGGCCGGAUCUACAUGCAUAUCAGAAAGUCGACCUUCAAGCUACCCUUGAACCCGGCCAUCCCCAUCAUCAUGGUCGCAGCCGGUACAGGCAUUGCUCCGUUCCGCGGCUUUGUCCAGGAACGGGCCCGACUCGCGGAGCUCGGCAAAUCGAUUGGCAAAAUGUUGCUCUUCUUCGGCUGUCGCGACGAUGGCCACGAUUACUUGUACAAGAACGAAUGGGAGGAGCGACGGGCCAAGCUCGGCGGUGACAGCUUCGUCAUGGUUCCGUGCUUCUCCAGGCUUCGGGGCCAGAAAAAGAUGUACGUCCAGGACGGGCUGGCUGAACACAGACAGCUCGUGUUGGACAUGAUUGACAACGGCGCAGCGUUCUACAUCUGUGGCGCUGCGACCAUGGCGAGAGAAGUGAGAGCUCGGCUUAACCAAGUCGUGGCCGAAAGCAGGCAGCAGAGUGUGGAGGAGGCGGAUGCUUGGGUGAGCGCUAAGAUGGGAAAGGCCGGGCUCUAUCAUGAGGAUGUAUGGGGUUAG